CGAAUUCCAAUUCAACCCAUACAACUCAACCGCGUCUUGUAUACUCUCCCACUGCUCUUCAAUCGAGGAGAGCAAGAGACCCAAGAUGCCACCGUCGCCUCCCUUGGUUGACAAUGCUCAGAUCAAGAGCGCAUCGUUGCACAAUCCGCUACCCACCGCUUUUCGCGCAUACACCUGGCCCUUCCUUAUCCUAUGGCCCCUAUUCACAGGCAUUUAUCUCUCGCCCGCGCAGUAUGAGAAGUACAUUGGUGCCAGAGAGUGGACUCUUGUGUGGGUAGGCACUAUUGGCACGUUGCAGGCGUUUGUGUGGUUAUCAACAAAGUGGAACGUUGACAUCCGGACCGCAUUCACGACGACUAAGAGCAAGGAUGUGCGCAGUGCCCAACUGAUCAAGGUCAUUCCCGUCGCAAACGCUGGCAGUCCUGAGAUCGUUCCACUAGAAAAGGACGGCAAAGGUCGAAUCAACUUUCUGUUUCAGAAGAGACGGUUUGUAUAUGACGAGAAGAAGGGUAGUUUUGCGCCUCUCUCCUAUGCCAUCGACGACGAGCCCAAACCGUUCAUACGAGAAUUUCAAAAAUGCAAGGGUCUCACCUCUUCCGACGAGAUCAAACGCCUGUACGAACACUACGGCAAUAACGAAUUCGAUAUUCCCGUGCCAACUUUCACCGAGCUAUUCAAGGAGCAUGCAGUCGCGCCUUUCUUCGUGUUUCAGAUAUUCUGCGUGGGGCUGUGGAUGCUUGAUGAGUACUGGUACUACUCUCUUUUCACAUUGUUCAUGCUGGUAGCAUUCGAGAGCACGGUUGUGUGGCAAAGGCAGCGCACGUUGAAUGAAUUCAGGGGCAUGAGUAUCAAGCCAUACGAUAUCCUUGUGUACCGCGAAAACAAGUGGCAGGAGAUUCAAACAGAUAAGCUUCUCCCUGGUGACUUGGUGUCAGUUGGCCGCACGAAGGAGGAUAGCGCCGUGCCUUGUGACAUGCUACUGGUUGAAGGGACAGCCAUUGUCAACGAGGCUAUGUUGUCGGGAGAAAGCACUCCUAUUCUUAAAGACUCGAUUCAGCUUCGCCCUUCGGAUGCUCGAAUAGAACCUGACGGUCUAGACAAGAACGCCUUUCUCCACGGCGGCACCAAGGUACUUCAAGUCUCCCAUGGAGUAACUGUUGAAGAUGCACCGGAUGCUGUUCCUGUUUCACUCUCUGGCGUCCGUCCACCACCGGACAAAGGUGCAAUGGCUGUUGUUUUGAAGACCGGUUUCGAAACGAGCCAGGGAAGUCUCGUGCGUACGAUGAUCUUCGCUACAGAACGUGUAUCUGCGAAUAACGUCGAAGCCCUGCUUUUCAUUCUGUUCCUCCUCAUGUUUGCCAUUGCUGCGUCGUGGUAUGUUUGGCAGGAAGGUGUCGCAAAGGACCGCAAGAGAUCUAAGUUGCUCCUUGACUGCGUCUUGAUCAUCACGAGCGUUGUUCCUCCUGAACUACCUAUGGAGUUGAGCCUUGCUGUGAACACGAGUCUGGCAGCCCUGAGCAAGUUUGCCAUCUUUUGCACAGAGCCUUUUCGUAUCCCUUUCGCCGGCCGCAUCGAUGUUGCUUGUUUUGACAAGACGGGCACUCUCACCGGCGAGGAUCUUGUCGUUGAUGGUGUAGCGGGGCUAGACCUGACGAUAGAUUACGAGGGCAAGACGGAGCCAGACGGUGCUCAUAGUCAUCUUACUGCAAUCAGUGCUAUCAAAUAUGAUACAACCUUGGUUUUAGCCACUGCUCAUGCGCUUGUCAAGCUCGAUGAAGGCGAGAUUGUCGGCGAGCCGAUGGAGAAGGCAACGCUCAAGUCGCUCGGAUGGACUCUGGGUCGAAAUGACAUUCUCACAAGUAACAAGGCUUCGCCUUCGGUCAGCAUUGAUGCUAAUUCGUUUGUGGAACUUGUCCAGAUCAAGCGUCGCUUUCAAUUCGCGUCUGCACUUAAGAGGCAGAGCUCCAUCGCCACUGUUGUUAUCACAAACAAGCAGACCAACAAGCGUUCUAAAGGAACUUUUGUUGGUGUUAAGGGUGCGCCGGAGACCAUCUCAACCAUGCUGGUCGACGUUCCUCCACACUACGAGCAGACCUUUAAGUACUUCACUCGAAAUGGCGCACGUGUACUUGCAUUAGCCUAUAGAUGGCUUGCUAAAGAUAACGAACUUGGUGCAGGGAAAAUAAACGACUUCAAGCGGGAGGAUAUCGAAAAAGACCUCAUCUUCGCUGGCUUCUUGGUUUUGCAGACACCACUUAAAGACGAUGCGAAGAAGGCCAUUCGUAUGCUCAACGAGAGUAGCCAUAGAACCAUCAUGAUUACCGGUGACAAUCCGCUUACUGCCGUACAUGUUGCGCGCCAAGUCGAGAUCAUCGACCGCGAUGUACUCAUUCUGGAUGCUCCGGAGGAUGAUCCUAACGGGGAGAAGUUGCACUGGAGAAGCAUCGAUGACGAGAUUGAUAUUCAGGUUGACCCAACCAAGCCCCUGGACCCAGAGAUCCUCAAAACGAAAGACCUGUGCGUGACUGGAUACGCUCUAUCUAAAUUCAAAGACCAAAAGGGCUGGCUGCAGAUCCUUCGGCACACUUGGGUGUACGCACGAGUGUCUCCAAGGCAAAAAGAGGAUAUUCUCGUGGGUCUCAAGGACAUGGGCUAUGUAACUUUAAUGUGCGGCGAUGGUACCAAUGAUGUUGGCGCUCUGAAGCAAGCGCAUAUCGGCGUGGCUUUGCUUAAUGGCACGAAAGAAGAUCUUGAGAAAAUUGGCGAGCAUUUCCGCAACACAAAGAUGAAGGAGCUGUACGAGAAGCAGGUCGCUUUGAUGCAACGCUUCAAUCAACCAAUCCCACCAGUACCACCCGCGAUCGCGCAUUUGUAUCCACCAGGCCCGACGAACCCGCACUAUGAGAAAGCGAUAGAGCGUGAGGCUGAGAAGAAGCGUGCAAAGCUCGGUAUAACUGCUCCUCCAAGUGACGAGAAGAAGACUGGUGAAGAGAAUGGAAAGAUUGAGACGAUUACUACUCCCGGAGCAGCGGCUUUGCAAGCCGCCGAAGCAAAAGACAAAAAACCAAAGACUGCGCAAGAAGCAUGGGCCGGUCAGGUAAACAACUGGACAAGCUCUCUAUUGGAGUCUGAUUUGGACGAUUCUGAACCACCAACUAUCAAGUUGGGAGAUGCAUCCGUGGCCGCCCCUUUCACAUCCAAGCUCGCCAACGUGAUUGCGAUUCCGAACAUCAUCCGUCAAGGACGCUGUACUCUUGUAGCGACGAUCCAGAUGUACAAAAUUCUGGCGCUGAACUGUCUCAUAUCCGCGUACUCGCUUUCGGUUCUGUAUCUGGAUGGCAUCAAGUUUGGUGAUGGACAAGUCACUAUCUCGGGCAUGAUGAUGUCCGUGUGCUUCUUGUCAAUCUCGCGCGCUCGUCCUGUGGAAAAGCUCUCCAAAGAGCGGCCUCAGAACAAUAUCUUCAACCCGUACAUCAUCCUUUCUGUGCUGUCCCAAUUCGCCAUCCACAUUGCAACCUUAAUCUACAUUUCGCAGUACGUGCAGCGAACGGAGACCAAGCCCGAUGACAUCGAUCUCGAGGGCGAAUUUGAACCCUCUCUUCUCAACUCUGCUAUCUAUUUGCUUCAGCUCAUCCAGCAGAUUUCCACAUUCGCAAUCAACUACCAAGGUCGUCCCUUCCGAGAAUCAAUCCGCGAGAACAAGGGCAUGUACUAUGGACUUGUCAUCGUUGCCGGCGUGGCCUUUUCAUGCGCGACCGAGUUCGUGCCAGAGAUCAAUGAGAAGUUGAGGCUUGUGCCGUUCACGACCGAGUUCAAGAUCACGCUAACAACGGUCAUGAUCAUCGACUACGUGGGCUGCUGGCUGUGCGAGCAGGGCUUCAAAGCCCUGUUCUCGGACUACAAGCCGAAAGACAUUGCUGUCCGGAGGCCCGAUCAGUUGGCCUUUGAGGAGAAACGACGAAAGGAGGAGGAGGCUGAGGAAGAAAGGAAAAAGGAAAUGGAAGAGGAAGAAAAGAUGGCCAAGUUGGGCUUGAAAUGAAUAGAUGCACGGUUAGAUGGAUAACAUGGACGCUGUUUACCGUUACAUGCAUUGAGUUGGAAUAGCACUUGCAUAUAGCAUGAAUGUCAGGUAUCACUCCUUUUUUUUGCAUCUUGUAGCCUUGUAAAGAUAUCUUCUGGCGAGAAACAAUAUUUCUGUCUUACGCCUCAGUAAUGUCAAGUGCAGCGCAC